AUGGAGCUCUUCUCGGUGACAACCAAUGAUAGGACAAGGGAGUAUCUGCACAGGUCAGCUGCUGAAACAAUAAUUUUUAUUUUUUUUUUUCACCCCUUUGCAGAAGAAGAACAAGAGGAAGAUGAGGAAAUUGAUGUCGUUACAUUAGCUGAAGCAAAUGAAUCGGAAUCCAGCACAGAGUCCAGCACAGACACAUCAGAAGAGCACAGUAAGCCCCACCACAGCCCACUGGUUCUCAAACGGUGUCACGUCAACAUCCAUCAGCACAAUUAUGCCGCUCCUCCUUCCACCAAGGUUGAAUACCCAGCUGCAAAAAGGCUAAAGUUGGACAGUGGCAGAGUCCUCAAACAGAUCAGCAAUAACCGAAAAUGCUCGAGUCCCCGCACGUCAGAUUCUGAAGAGAAUGAUAAGAGGCGAACGCACAACGUCUUGGAGCGCCAGAGGAGAAAUGAGCUGAAGCUGAGUUUCUUUGCCUUGCGUGACCAGAUACCAGAGGUGGCCAACAACGAAAAGGCGCCCAAGGUUGUCAUCCUGAAAAAAGCAACGGAGUACGUUCUUUCCAUCCAGUCAGACGAACACAGACUGAUUGCAGAGAAAGAGCAGUUGAGGCGGAGGAGAGAACAGUUGAAACACAAACUCGAGCAGCUAAGGAACUCUUGUGCAUAGGAACUCUUGGGCAUCACUCAGAAUAACCCAAACUAGACUGAACCUAUGGUAAAAUAUUAGUGUUUUUAAUAUCACUCAUGAACUACACCAGUCCAUCGAGUAUGGAACUAUUGCAACUGCAUGCUGUGCGAUUUAACUUGAGACUACACAACCUCGGCUGAAUCUCCCAAGAGUUUGGCCAGCACCUCAAAACUGCCUCAUAAUUGAUACUUUGGGCAUAAGGGAUGAUGGGACAUUCUUCAUGCUUGGGGAUGAACUUUUCAACUUUUUUUCUUUUAAAAUUUUGUAUUUAAGGCAUUUUUUCAUAUGAAAUCCCCAAAAAAAGUUGUCCCCAGAUUGCUGUAUAUAUUUACACAUCUUAUUGCCAUGUAAAUACCUUUAAUAAAGUCUUUAUAGAAAAAUGUGCAACAUUAAUACGCAGCAGUUGUGGCAACUGGAUUUAUACUUGUCUUGAACUUCUGUGCCAUAACAUUUCACAAUUAUGUUUUUUAUUUAAAUACAUUUUUUCUUUUAAAAAUGAUUUUUAUUUUGUUUUUAGAUAAAUAAAUAUUUGCCCAAAAUAUAAUUAGCUAAA